UGCACGUCAAUCAGAAGGUCGAGUGACGUAGGAUGUGUUUGUUUUAGGAGAGAGGGCAAGUGCGUACUAGACAAAAGUGCUGAAUUUGAUACUACAUUGCAAUGGCUUUAAAUAACUGAUACUACCUUAUAAAGAGGAAGUGAUGUAUUAUUCUAGUAAAAAGCGAGGUGAAGAUGGAAUCGCUGCUGUCAUUGACUUCCUGUUGUCCAAUGCCCGGCUGGUGCUUGGAGUGGGUGGAGCUGCAAUGCUGGGCAUUGCAACAUUAGCUGUGAAACGGCUAAUAGAGCGUGCAGGAAGGCCUCCUGAUGAAAAGCCGGAGAAUAAGAUGACGGACAGCUGGGAGGAGUUGAGCUUGGUUAGCUCUUCCCCCAAACUGCUGCACAGUGGAAUUGAAGGAGUGGUCGUGAAACAGAUUGCUGCUGCAACCAAGAAAGCAGAGCUGUCUCAGCCCAUCCCCCUGCCUUCACCUGAGCACCUACGGUGUGACCCUGACCCACCUCAACGACGGAAACGCAUGGAUCUCUGUGUGCUGACGUUUGCUGAUCGUCUGCAGCAGUAUUACAGAACGCGAGUGUGUCUGUCAGAUGAGGAGGUUUCUGUAGCACAACAGCGAGCGUUAGACAUCGCCAUGGAGAUCCAGGCCUUCCUGCGUUCUAAACACCCAGAGAUGCCGUUGGGCGACAUGACAUUAGGGGGGUCACUGCUCGAUGAUCUGCAAGUGGUUAAUGCUGAUCAUGCCUGCCUGAUUGUGCCCCUACAGUUGGAGUCUAGUCUGUGGACGGCCAUUGCUGGAGAGGACACAUUUUUGGGUCACCCUCAGUAUUGCAUGGUGCGGCGCGAAAACCUUGAGUACUUCCCGCGAGGGCGGAGCUACUGGGAUCGACACUUGCUGGGUGGAUACUUGUCAUCACGACUUGUUUCUGAGCAACUCAGCAAGGCGGUGAUGGAAUCUAUGAACUGGCCGUCGCUGACCGGAACCCUAGAGUGUGAGGUGCGACCGAUGCUUGGAUCUCCUGAACUUAAACUAGAGAUUCAGGGGUUAAGUCAAAGCGGUUACAACAGUGGAGAACGCUUCUAUAUUAACAUAUUGCCAACAGUUCGGCUUGGUCAGAUGACGCUGACGGCGCAACGGGAGAUCACAGGUUCAUUCGACUACGUUUGGUACCAGAGUUUGUACACCAGCGAAACGUCUAAAUUGGCAACACUUGACACAAUGGACUCUGGGUCGGAGGUCCGAAGGAAGUGCCUGAAAACAUUAAAGGCAGUGUGCCGCAACUGCCCUGCUCUACGUAAGCUCACCGGCAGCCAUCUUAGCAAUGUCAUUCUGCACAUGAGUGAGAAGGAAUCUGAUUGGUUGGAAUCUGCCUUCGCUGAUAGAUUCCAACAGGCGAUCACUGAGCUGAUUGGAUACCUGGAGACUGGAAUCUUACCUAGUUAUUUCAAACCUGAUGUGAAUCUAUUUCAGGGUUUUACUGAGGAUGACAUUGAUGAAAUGGGCUUUAUGCUCUACUGUGCUGUAACUGAACCAGAGAUACUACUGAUUUGAAUAUCUCUAAUAGAUGUACAAGCACAGAGUAGCUGUCUCCAUGGCAACCGGCAUUUAUGCACCUUUAAAGGAAUGGUUCACCUAAAAUUUAAAUUCUGGGAUCCUUUACUCCCUCUCAUGCCAUUCCAAACCAAUAUGACUUCAUUUCUUCAAAUGGAAGAUAUCUCACAGAAUAGCCAAGCUGCUCUUUACCGCACAUUCAAAGUGCUCCAAAAAAGUAUUAUAAAAGUAGUCAAAAUCUACACAAAAAUCUGUAAUUUUGUUUGAGGAACUGAUUGAAUAAGUCUUUUAAAUUCACAAAAAAUAUUCUCAAAUCUCAAUAUUCUUAAAUAUCACAUCUCAAAUCGUGCUUCGGCAUAUUAAAACUUGGCACAUCAUGAUUGGUUACAAGACGAACAAGCAAGCCAAUGGCAUCUGGUAUACUUGACGUCAAAUUUCCGUCUUUGUGUGCCAAGUUUUAAUAUGCACAAAUGCGAAUGAGACUUUGUCGGAUAUAAUGACUUUGAUCUGUUUCUCGCAAAGCUACAGAAGGCUUCAGAAGACUUGGAAUAUAGAACACAAGUCAUUAAGACGACUUUAAUUGUCCUUUCUGGUGCUUUUUUGCGUGACCACCCCUAUAAAUUGUGAAUUGUAUGUUGUUGUUUUAUUGUAUGUAAAAGAGCAGCAGAACAUUGUUACAAACAUCUAAUUUUAGUGUUUCAUUGAAGAAAGUAAUAUGGCUUUGGAGCGACAUGAGUGUGAAUAAAUUGUUUAGAAUUUUUGUUUUUAGCUGAAUUAGCCCUUUAAACAAACAUUUGCUUAUCAUCUUUGUGAUAUGACAAGAAAUUGCCUUAAGGUGUCACACCAUACCUCAUUUGCAUACAAUGAGUGACAUAGGCAUCUAUUACAUUAACUAUGCAGCACUUUCCUAGAGAUAUACUUUUCUUGGAUGUGGAUUUAAAUGUAAUAUUUCUGAGUGCCCUAAGAGGAUUUAGACCAUUUAUCCUUCACUUUACAUGUAUUUUCUUUUGUUAUUAACAGCGUUUUGUUCUGUUUUGAGCAUGGGAUUAUGUUCUAGUGUAUUGUAUUUGGCAGAAAUGGCAUUAUGCAUAGAUAAUGUGAAGCUAUGUUGAAUUUGAAUAGGCAAAUGGGCAAUAUUAAGUUCUGUUAUUCUCUUAUUACAAAAAAAAAAACUGUCUGGUGUGUUUGAUUUUGAAACAUGUACAUUUAAGUGUAUUAGAGGGUUGUUUAAAGCUUAAUAAAGUUUAUGGGUGUAACAUUUGGUAAAUGGCAAAUUUACUUUCCUCUACCAAUAAUGGUGGUGGCAUAUAUGCCUGCCCAAAAUCUACCCCUCCCAUGAUAGUCAUCAUAAAUGGCUUAAUAAGAAAUAGACAGAAAUAUAUGUAUGUAGUGGGUCACCCAGACUACAGCUUAUAAUAAUGUGCCAAACAAAUUGUUAAAAAAUAUCCAGCCACAACAGUAAAUUCGCCACUACCAAUUUUCAUAGCACACUUACGCCACUGAGUGUUAAACCUUACUUAAUAUAAAUUCAUCUUUGCAACUGUGUGUCUAAAUAUGUGUCUAAAAUAAAGAGAUUUG